CCGUUGCUCGGUCUUGUGUCAGAGCAGGUAAUUAUUUCCUCGGUAACCAAGCAACAAUGUCUUCAGUGGAGAAUUUGAGAGAGUUUGUCAACGAGCGACUAUCUGCUGCUGCUGAGGAAAUAUUCGGAGUUUUUAAAAGAACCGUCGUCGAGUAUCAGGAAGAGAUCGACCGGCAGCGCAGACUGUUGGAUGUUUUUUGGAAACCCGAAGUAAGGUUACACAGGAUAGAGCUCCCACAGUCACGUGUCUGUAAGGAGGAGGAGGAGGAGGCUCCCUCUGACCAGCAGCUCUGUCUCCAGGAGAGGAAGCCCAGUGUGGACCAAGAGGACCCAGAUCCUCCACAGAUUAAAGAGGAACAGGAGGAACUCUGCAGCAGUCCAGAGGGAGAGCAGCUUGCACCGAAGCAGGAGGCCUUUACGGUGACUCCUACUUGUGACGAAAGAGGACACGGUGAAGAUCAACUUUUGGACUUGUGUACUGAUGAAACUGAGAGUGUGGUACAGGAAACAUCUCAUAGCAACAUUUCAGUUGAAAGCACCACUGUAGUUGAACUAAACAAUGACCACCAGCUUCUCCCUCACAACUCUCAUGAAUCAGCAUUUGAGACUCAUACAAGAGUCCAUAGUGAUGAGAAACCUUUUACUUGCAAAACAUGUGGAAAAGGUUUCAAAUAUAGUAGCAGAUUAAAAGCCCACAUGAGAGUUCAUACUGGGGAAAGGCCAUAUUCCUGCAUCACCUGUGGGAAAACAUUCACUAAGAAUUCACAUUUGAAGUCACAUAUAACAAUUCAUAGUGGGGAGAUGCCAUUUUCCUGCAUCACCUGUGGGAAAACAUUCUCUCAUGCAUCAUCGUUGAAGUAUCAUACAAGAAUCCAUACUGGGGAGAAGCCAUAUUCCUGCAGCAUCUGCGGGAAAACAUUCACUAUGAAAUCACAUUUGAAGUCACAUAUAAGUGUUCAUACUGUGGAGAAGCCCUAUUCCUGCAUCACCUGUGGGAAAUCAUUCAUUGAGGCAUCAUUUUUGAAUCGUCAUAUAAAAAUCCAUACUGGGAAGAAGCCCUAUUCCUGCAUCACCUGUGGGAAAACAUUCUCUGUGACAUCAAAUUUGAAUCGUCAUAAAAAAAUCCAUAUUGGGGAGAAGCCAUAUUCUUGCAUCACCUGUGGGAGAACAUUCCCUCAGAAAUCAAAUUUGAAGUCUCAUAUAAGAACUCAUUGUGGGCAGUAGCCAUAAUCCUGAAAAAAAUAUGUGAAAAAUAAAUUCUCAAAACUUCCUGUUCAAACUUCACAUAAUUGUGUCACUUGUGCAUAUCAAAAAAGCAUUUUCUCAUUUCUUUGAACAAGUUGGAAACGCUUUGGUACGUCCAUGCAAAUGAUUAUGUACAUUUCUCUGCGGUUUCCUUUAACAUUAGUUUAUUGCAAGAAUUUUUAGGUGCAAAAUGGUUGAA